AAAAUGCAUGAGGAUUACCUAACAUCAUGGUUGGAAAAGGGCAAUAGGGAAGUGAAUUCCUUUAACAAAAGAGAAGCAGAAUGCAGGAAAUUGCAUCAUUUCAGACUUGUAUUUUGACUCUGUGCACUAUGGAUGGGAUGGACUGUAAUUGUGGAAAUGAGCUCUUUCCAUUAUGGCACUAAUGUUUUUGUUUUGGAUGGAGCUAGAGGAAAAGGAAAUCGGGCUGCUGCAUUCAUUUCUUGGCCUCUUAUUAGCUUGUGCCCCAAGGCUAUGCUGAGAUUUAUAUCUCAUUUAUAUUGUUGUAGCUCAAAAGAAGAAUGUUCAGAGGAUGACAAGUGUAUUCUGAGUAGGCAAAGUGGAAACAUUGGCUAAAGAGCAUUGGCAGAAUCAUUAGCUUGUCCUUAGCAGCAACCGUCAUCAGUUCAGUUCAGUGUGGGAUGGAAGUCGUAGCUGGAAGUCUGUUAUGGAAAUGCUCUUUGCUGUUAUUGUAGUACUGUGGUGACAACAUGCCAUUGAAAUGGAAAACCGGCUCUCCAGCUAACUGGAAAUUCCCAGUUCCUGUGCUUAAAACAUCUAGGUCAUCUCCACUGUCACCAGCAUACAUAUCUUUAGUGGAAGAGGACGAUCCUCAUAUGAAAGUUUCCCUUGGGAGUGGCGAUAUGGGUGUUUCUUCCCAUCUUCAGGCUUCAAAGACUGGCAAUACACGUUUUUUCACCAGUAACACCCAUAGUUCUGUUGUUUUGCAGGGUUUUGAUCAACUGCGGAUAGAAGGCUUACUCUGUGAUGUAACGUUAUUACCUGGAGAUGCAGAUGAAGCCUUCCCAGUACACAGAGCAAUGAUGGCAUCUGCUAGUGACUACUUUAAAGCAAUGUUUACAGGUGGAAUGAAGGAACAAGAUCUUAUGUGCAUCAAACUUCAUGGAGUAAACAGAAUUGGCCUCAAAAAAAUUAUUGACUUUAUUUAUACAGCAAAACUUUCUCUUAAUAUGGAAAACCUCCAGGACACUCUUGAAGCUGCCAGUUUUCUACAAAUUCUUCCUGUUCUUGAUUUCUGUAAAGUGUUUCUCAUAUCAGGGGUUUCCCUUGACAACUGUGUUGAAGUGGGACGUAUUGCAAACACCUACAACUUAUCAGAGGUUGACAAAUAUGUGAAUAAUUUUAUCUUGAAAAACUUUCCCUCUUUGCUAAGCACUGGUGAGUUUGUGAAACUUCCAUUCGACAGAUUAUCAUUUGUCCUUUCUAGUAAUAGCCUCAAGCACUGCAGUGAGCUUGAACUUUUCAAGGCUGCCUGUCGAUGGCUACGAUAUGAAGAGCAACGCAUGGAGUUCUCCUCAAAACUUAUGAAGAAUAUUCGUUUUCCUCUUAUGAGCCCUCAGGAACUUAUAAACCAUGUGCAGACUGUGGAUUUUAUGAGAACAGAUAAUACAUGUGUAAACCUUUUACUGGAGGCCAGCAAUUACCAAAUGAUGCCAUAUAUGCAGCCUGUCAUGCAAUCGGAACGAACAGCUAUUCGGUCUGACAAUACACAUUUAGUAACACUUGGUGGGGUUCUACGGCAACAACUGGUUGUAAGCAAAGAACUUCGGUUAUAUGAUGAAAAGGCACAUGAAUGGAAAUCUUUAGCACCCAUGGAUGCUCCAAGGUAUCAGCAUGGCAUUGCAGUAAUUGGAAACUUUUUGUAUGUGGUUGGUGGACAGAGCAAUUAUGACACUAAAGGGAAAACAGCUGUUGAUACUGUAUUCAGAUAUGACCCUCGUUAUAAUAAAUGGAUGCAGGUUGCAUCGCUAAAUGAGAAGCGGACUUUCUUUCAUCUUAGUGCAUUGAAAGGACAUCUUUACGCAGUUGGUGGUAGGAAUGCUGCUGGUGAAUUAGCCACUGUGGAAUGUUACAACCCUCGAACAAAUGAGUGGACAUAUGUCGCAAAAAUGAACGAACCCCAUUAUGGACAUGCUGGGACAGUAUAUGGUGGAUUUAUGUACAUUUCAGGAGGAAUCACUCAUGACACUUUCCAAAAAGAACUAAUGUGCUUCGAUCCAGAUACGGAUAAAUGGACUCAGAAGGCUCCCAUGACCACAGUUAGAGGCCUUCAUUGUAUGUGUACUGUUGCCGACAGGCUCUAUGUUAUUGGUGGAAACCACUUUAGGGGAACCAGUGACUAUGACGACGUUUUGAGCUGCGAAUAUUACUCUCCUAAUUUAGAUCAGUGGACUCCAAUUGCAGCCAUGCUACGUGGGCAAAGUGACGUUGGGGUAGCAGUCUUUGAAAAUAAAAUAUACGUUGUAGGCGGCUACUCAUGGAACAAUCGCUGCAUGGUGGAAAUAGUUCAAAAAUAUGAUCCAGAAAAGGAUGAGUGGCAGAAAGUGUUUGACCUUCCUGAGUCACUUGGGGGUAUUCGAGCUUGUACUCUCACUGUAUUUCCACCAGAUGACAAUGCUGGAUCACCUUCAAGAGAAUCUCCCCUCUCUGCACCUUAAGAAGGAUUCUGACUUUAAUCUUGAAUUAUCUAACAUUUUGCACUGCAUCAUGGAAUAAGUACCACAUAAAGUGGUUCUUCUCAAUGAUUUUUCUCUUGCUGGCAGUGGCCUUUCAGUGUGUUUUUAUUAUUCAAGAACACUGUUACUUACCUUACACUGUUAGGCUGGCCUUUACCAAGCAGAAAACAACGGAUACACUUGUUAACCUCUUUGAUAAAACUCUAAAAUUUAAACAACAGUGUACUUGUUUUCAGCUUGAGUACCUUUUAAUAACUGCAUUUUGAGUUUUUGGCACAAAAACCUCCAAUAGUGCCAUACAAUGGAAAGAAAAGCAAUUAAUGUUUUGUAUAAUAUACUUUUCAACUUGAGUAAUCACUGUUCCAUGUGCUUUUUAUCAGCUAGGAGGAAGAGGGAUAUGGCAAAGUUAUGAUUCUAGUGGGUUAUGUUACUUUUGUAUCUUUAUGCCAUUAAAAAGCUAGGGCAAUUGCCCUCUGUUAAGUUAUUACUUUUUAAUAUCUCAGGGGUCAUCCUGGCUUGGAACCCACUCAUAAUCCAUGCCCUACUCCCUUCUCUCCGUUGGAACAUUUCACUAUUUGGUUUUACUGUACUCCUUAAGAACAAUGCUGUUUUAUACAUUUAAUAAAACCACACAGAAAUAACAAAAACGUUGUUCAGAGAUAACAAGUGCUGAAGAAUGACUGAUGUUGUCAAUUCAGUAUGAAAACUGGGUAGCACAAAUUUCAGGGCAUUAUAUUAAACACUAUUAAAUCCUUAUUAUUCCUGCUAUUUUAUUGCCACAAAAUGUUUGAACAGAAUGGAUUUCUGUGAAAUUGCCCUGCAGAAUUUACCAAAAGAACUAUAGCAAUAAAAAACAUGCUCAUUGCCAAAAUUGAAAACUCGGCAUUGAGGUCGCUACACAUUUUUUUUUCUACAGAUAUUGAAUUUGUGGAUCUAUGACUUAAAAUUAUGCAGAUUUUUUUUGUUUGUUUGUUUUUAAGAUAAAUAAAUAUUUGCUUCUUGUGCUGCUA